AAUUAUGCAAUCAGACAAUUAUCGGUGGACGUGGUGUUACUUCAUAUUGCACAUCAAGGGUUUGUAAUCAGCAGUGUACAAGGAGUGGUUGUAAAAUGAAGUGCUCGGGAGAGAAGUGUUCCCAGCGAUGUGAAGUGUCCGGGUGUGAGAUCGAGUGUCCCGCAGGCGUGAAACACUGUCUUCAAGUAUGCACCUCUGGGAAAUGCAUAAUGCGAUGCAAUGCUGGUGUGCAAUUUUGUUCACAGACGUGUGUAGGAGGAAAGUGUCUGAUGCUUUGUAAUGCAAACAGCUGUAAGCGAUCUUGUAAAGARAGUGACUGCUCGUACAGAGAAACGCCACUCCGAAUACACUCUUUCUAUGACACUUUGCGACCKCUGAGGGUGUGCAGUGRGCCUGAAAAGGAUGAUACUUGUAUACAAAACUGCACUGAGGGCCAUUGCCGGAUUGCAAACUUGUAUGGACGCACGGAGAGAUCGUUGCAGCUCUGCACUGGUGGGAACUGUUCAUUUGUUUGCAARGCUCCGUUAGUGUGCAACCAGGUAUGCACUGGUGGUAAUUGCAUUCGAUACUCAUGCAAUUCAGAAUACUGUGUGCAAGAAUGCAUUGCUGGUUCGUGCGAGAUGGAAUGCGAAUCCAAAGCUUGCUACCAAAUAUCUCGUGGAGGUCGGACGACAAUGCGCUGUCUUUCGAACGUUGACAAGUGUCACCAAUUCUGUGCSGGUGGUGACUGCAAACUUGUCUGUCAGGCKAAGCUUUGCUACCCAGAAUGCAAAGCUGGUGGUUGUCUUACAUCAAACAUUAAACCAAGAAUCAUUGCAUUACCAACGCGAGUAAAAUGUCUCGUUACAACAGGAGAAUGUCAACAAAACUGCCACACAAAACGAAGCUGCAUCUGCAGGCGAUACUAUGCAGUCUUYCAUUCAUGUGAUCAGCUUUGCUACGAGGGAAGUUGCCGCAGCAUUAGAUGCUACACGUUGAAUCGUUGCAAUCAARUUUGCGAAGAUGGUCAGUGUAAAUCAAUGGUUUGCAAGUCGAACGUGUGCGUUCAGGAUUGCCGAGGACCUAAUUGUGAAAUGGAAUGUCAGGCAAAGAACUGYACUCAGCUGUGCCCCGGUGGAGGGUGUCGCAUGCGAUGYACAUCGCGCGUAGAAAACUGCAUUCAGGCAUGUGACUCCAAACAAGCGGAAUGUUUUUUCGAUUGUCAUGCAAAAAAGUGUUCUGUAACAAUGUUGUAAACUCUCUCGAACUGAUUCAUUGGAAACAAGUAUAUUCUGUGGYUGGCAUAUCAAACUGAAACGAGCCAAGCAUCGAAUCUUAUUACGAGAAAUAGUACCAUUGUACUACAUUUUACUUGACUCUAAACAAAUUAGAGGUUUUUAACGGGUUUAAAAUAACAUUGAAACGAUAAAAGCGAUAGGAGUAAACCUCAAAGCGAAGUCGAUAUCUAACAUAAAAUAAAAACAUUAACGGCGAGGAAUCGUGGACGCGAUACUAGCAACAGUUAUACCUUUCUCUCAUCACAAAAGACUUAUCGAGCCGUAGUCGAGAGCGCUGAUCCAUGCAAAGUCGUCGACAUCUGGGCUUGCGUUUUGGCAUCAACAAAAGGGAUUAUAGACUGCCACAAUAUGUGUAUUAGCGAAUUCAGAUGUAUAUCGGUUGCAAAUUAAAAAAAAAUCAAAAAUAAAAUUGACAAACGUGAA